GCCUUUAAUAGUUCUUUCACCUGAGUUACGUGUCGCCGGCUUGAGACACCGUACCCAGCAACUGUUUUCAAGAAAUUCAACGGAAGAACAGAAAAUACAAUGUUUAUAGAGACAAAGAUGUUUCUUUUUGUUGGGGCCUUGAUAUUGUACAUCGAAACUGUGACAAGCUGCGGAGAAAGUGGUAGGCUAAUAAUCUGUAAAUAUUUGGGAAAAGUUUCAAAAAUGCAGUCGUAUUUCCACUUUUUAAACUGAUUUUAUAUCUUAUUUUUUUGGUAUUCCGUGAAAAGUUAUUUUUUCAAGCCAAAAAAUCGCUUGAAAAUCACAAAAACAAGUUCUUUUAUUCAUUAUCUAAUAUUUGAUUUUUAUAGGACAUUUUUUGUUAGCUGAAGCGCGGGGCUUUGUAACUGUCAGAUAGAUUUGACAACUGACAAAGUUGUACGUUAGUUUGGUGAUAAUUACCUUGACUUUGCCGGAGAAAAGUGGAAAAAGACCGCAAUUAUGGGAUAAUUAUGCACACAAGUUGGUAAAACUUUAAACGCAACCUGCAUAAGUGCUUUCCAUACUAUAUUUCCCUUUAUGACUUCAGAGACAUCCAACGGGAAAUUUUGAGAACAAGACCUAAAACAAACAACAAAGCAUGAAUAAAGGUUUCUGAAGCCAUUUUAAGCAUUUGGAGAGAUUCCUGGAAAAAAUGUAUCUGGUCCUCACACUCUGCAAGACUGUUGGAAGAGUUCCCAGCCAGCAAGGUGCACCUACAACCUGCAACCUUACUUACUGGGAAGUUUCCAAGCAGACAGACAGACAGACUGCCUUUAUUUUAGCACAUAGCACAAAAUAGCACAUAGCACAUAGCACAUAGCAGCUAUUCUACACAUCAAAUCCCCUCGAACACCUUGAAUUGUCUAUUUCCCGGCAAUACUUUCUUUCCAAGGACAUAUUACUUGUUCAAAAUCUCUCAGCCAGCAAAAAUUCGCUUGAAGAAGCGAAGAACAGAUAUUUUCAGGGACAGAUCCAUUGGGUGCCCUUGUAACUUACACUCCGUUAUUUCCUUUUGUUUUUCUUGCUUUUAUUACAAUAAAGUGAACUGAAGUUUAAUGCUACAAUGCUCUUUUUGCAAAAUAGCAAGUGUUUGCAUCAUAAAAAAACCAAAACUGAAUACCAAGUAGUUGCAUCAUUUUAUAAAACGAUUAAUACGUUCUGCAUAUGCAUUUUGCUUAUUACUAUUAUCAUGAGUUUUCCUUCAAAGUGUUAAUUAUUUCAUUUUUUCUUCUAAUUUUACGUAAAAUUUUGCAAUUCUUCAUGCACAAGAACAGAGAGGAAAGCAGUACAGAUUUUAUUCAGGGUAUCGCCAAUAGGACAAAUCCCACUGGUCUUAAAACUUGUUUCUGUUUAUAAUUGACAGAUUUAUAAACUCAUUUGUAUCGAAACAGGAUCCCUGUUUACUUUUAAAAACUAAUCUUUAAGCUUGCAAAGCUUGUAAUUGAGUGAAAAUAGAAAAUGCUCUCUAAAUAACACAAAUAACCAAAUAAAAAAUGGUAAUUAAACUUACAGAUUUUAAAAGGAAUUGUUUGCUUCCGGAGUCGCACUAAAAAUGAAUCUUUGUUUUUCCCAAGAGAAAAAGUACUUGAAAACAGCGAAAUAGACUUGCUUAGCUUAGCGUAUUUGUUUUCCCUCUUCAGUCAUUUAAAUUAAUUAACCAAGAGUCAGUUCUUUUUCAUUUUUAUCAGUUGACUGGUAUACAAAAAAGCAAAAUGACAUGUCAGUACUUUUUAUUGAAAUGUCUUAUAAGCAGUCUGUUUGACUUGAAAUUUAUCGUUUUGCUUUNAAAAAUGGUAAUUAAACUUACAGAUUUUAAAAGGAAUUGUUUGCUUCCGGAGUCGCACUAAAAAUGAAUCUUUGUUUUUCCCAAGAGAAAAAGUACUUGAAAACAGCGAAAUAGACUUGCUUAGCUUAGUGUAUUUGUUUUCCCUCUUCAGUCAUUUAAAUUAAUUAACCAAGAGUCAGUUCUUUUUCAUUUUUAUCAGUUGACUGGUAUACAAAAAAGCAAAAUGACAUGUCAGUACUUUUUAUUGAAAUGUCUUAUAAGCAGUCUGUUUGACUUGAAAUUUAUCGUUUUGCUUUGUAGGAAAACAAUGGGACCGUUUACUUGGUAAGUAACGAACUCCAAAUUAAACUGUAACGAGGAUAGCUUUAACUCAGUGUUCCAACAUUAACAGGUGCCGCUGCAUAGAGCUUUCUUUGCUGGAUAAGGCAUUUCACACCUGGAAGAAUUUAUAGCUCCUUUCUCCUGAGAUAACUUUAACGAGGGAUUUAGCAACCAUCGUUACGUAAAAAACUUCAGAAGAAGCGACCUUGAAAGCUGCCGAGAGGUAGCAUAUGAGGUUUUCUCGAAUCCUACUCCAAAAAAGAAUAACAGCUUUGAACUUCCCAGCGCAAAAAAACGCUAAGGUACUGCACGUGAAACAAUCUUGAGUGUCAACGUCUUACCUCGAUUAUACGCCACUUGUGCAUUUCCCAUAAUACACUUGUUUUCCCCAACACCCCUCUCCCUUUAUCCGCUCCCUCCUUUCUCCUUCGCAGAGGCCUCUUAGCGUCGUAGGAAGGCUGGGGAGAUGUUAGACUGCCAGCAGUCUCUCUAUUGCUUGAAAAUCUGUGAGCGAGUGCCAUAAUUACGCUCGUCCUUGCGCCCGCAUAACUCGCUGCUCGCGGCUUUGCCGUCCUCGCCUAAGCGAACUUACGCAACAGGACGGGAGAGGGAAGAAGACGGCUAACCUUGUUCGACGAGCGUGACAGUAGUCUUGUUUGAAACAACUUUUGCCCAAACUUCACUUUCCUUUAAACAGAUCUUUUUGUAAAAGACUCGAAAACAUUAAUGUUAAGGGAAGAUUACGUCAAAACACGUAAGUAAUAGCCCUGUCACGUUUGUCACACAUGAGCGUUUUGCCGUCCUUGUCUUCCUGCUUUCAUGUUGCGUAAACUCACAAUUACUCGCUCACAGUUUUUCGAGCAAAAAAGAGACUGCUUGCAGUCUAGGGAGAUGGGAAAAGACGCUAUAUUUAUUGGGAUACCUCUGCAGAGGAGAGAGCCACUCCCCCGGCCAGAUUUUGUCUGAAUGAAUGCCCUUGAUUUGUCUUUGGACGAUCUGUUAUACCCAGUGGGAAUUAUAGACAAAAGUGCUGGAGUGGAGGAAUAAACAAGGUGUAUUAUGGUGAGUGCGCAAAUUGCAAAUGUAAAAAAAAUCGUAUGAACGUACCAUGAGAGAAAUAUCGUUCGGAGAGCAGUGUAAACUUGAUUAAUAAUACUUUCGUUUUUUUUUCAGUAAAUUUCUUGAAUCCUACACCUCUUCCACGAACAGAAGACCAAGCUCUAGCUGAGGGGUGGAGAAACGACGCUUCAUGUGGUAUUACACGACACUGUAUCCCUUCCCGAUUUUACAAAAAUUGUCUUGUAUCAAUCUUGCAUCCAGAUAUUUUAUUUGAAGCGGAUCUUAAGAAAAAAAUUCCACCGCCGGUUUGCAAGACGAUCGGCCGUUUAUGACUAAAGCAGUCAUAUGUGCGCUGCUUUCAAAGUCAAGCGACCUGCUGUAUAUACAUUUUCCCUUCCCUCCACUAAAAACCCCAGUGAAACAUUGUAUGAACGAUGGCUGUCAUAGGAUUUUUCUGAGGCCCCGUCAAGGUAAAAUUUUAAAAAGCGACAUGGCCUUGAAACAGUAGCCUCCCCGCAGACGUCCGUUGGGGUUCGUUUGUCACGCAUUCAUUUCUCCCCCACAUUCAUUUCUCCGUGGGGGAGAAAUGAAUGCGUGACAAACGAACCCCAACAGACGUCUGCGGGGAGGCUAUUGAAACAGCGACAUAAAGUUGGUUGAAAUACCCACAGGGACAUGGUUUACUCCUUAAAACGUAACACGUCUAACCUUCUCCCGCCAAGAGGCUUAGGCUUACUAUUUCUCAGCACACACUUUUUUCAAUUUCCGUCUCAAGGACCAUCACGUACCACCCCACCCACCCCACAAGAUAGCUUCUCUUCGUUAAACCUUUAAAGAUAAUUACAUUUCUUUGUUGUAGAUGGAAAAAAUGCAUUUCAUGGCAACCGAUACGCGCUGGGAACCGACAUAUCAACGAGGCUGAUAUUUGAUAACAAUGGAGAACUGGCCGGAAUACAAGCAACAGUAAGGCAGUUUAUGAUCAGUAGCGUGUGAGGGUUAUUACUUGACCGUUAGCCAUCCUACCUUUCCGGAAUAAAGGAGCAUGUCCGACAAUUACGUGGGUCUUGAUUAAGGUUCAAUUUAAGUUACGCAGAUUAUGUCGUCCUCAAAACCCCACAUUAGUGAGUCAUAGGAAGGUUUAUGCGAGAAUAUGGUGCGUGAAUAAAAAAGUUAAAGUUUUAAAAUUAAGAAUUGUAUGCCUCUUUGAAAUUGACAAUUAUGUCCAAAGCAUUCUAGGUUAGUUAAUCAAAUCGAGGCAAGGGCUUUAUGCUCCCCUUUAUCCCAGAUCACUGAACCUUAUGCGAUGAACGAGCCUCUCGUCUUGAGGAGAAUGUGCCAUGCUUACAAGGUUAAAAACAUUUAAUCAGGUUAAAACAAACUAUAUUUUCUCUAACACAGAUCACUGAGUCAGACGAGCUAAUACUUUCACCCACCCGACCCCGGCCGGGAGCGUUUGUAAAGGACGACCAUGGCCACUAUCUUGUAACAGCUUACUUCACCGACAAACCAAGUGAUAUCUGCAAGAAAAGGCCGGGCAAGCACUUAGCGAAUGGACGACACAAAAAGAAAGAUGCCCUGGUUAUUCAAAUGAGUGACGUCAGACUGUGCAAGCCUGAGUUCAUGGAAAUACCGCUGGACGAACGAAAACUAGCAAACACCAGAUGGGUGAAAGGGAAGUGCUUUCGUGGAAUGGGUAAGAUAAUUUGAAAAAAUUGGGAGAGGGGUAUAGCAGGCGAACAAUAAGGAGAAGUCUCAUGCUAUCUUUCACUUACUUGCUGUUUUAGUCAGAUAAAAAAGGGUCUUACAGUUAUUUUAUUUUAUUUUUUUAUUUGAUUGAAUCCCUUACUUUGGAUAUUACUUUCUGCCUAAAUUUAUACGGAGAGGAUGGAGUACCGAAGAGGAUGGAGUAGCCUUUUCAAAGACCCUCCGGAUUUAUUGACUGUUAAAGGCUAGCGCAAGACGCUGGGGGUAGGCUCGAUCUGGUGCUUCGCUCGCACGCUCGCAAAAUUGGCAAAAAUGUAAUAAGCAUGAGGUCCCUCAUCUUUCGUUUAAGCCAGAUACUUUUCCACUGAUAACCGUUUUUUUUUCUGUCAUAGGAGUGCACUACUGGUAUGAUAUUUCCCCAGACAUGCACUGUGAUCAAGUAUUUCCAGUGUAUCUCAUGUAUGGUCAGUCCUCAGGUCGAUUGAAGGCUUUUGGAUGGUCUGUCCUUGCUAAUAUCCAAAGUUAUUUAUGGGAACAUCCUCCAAUGAAGUACUUUAAGGUAAUGCUUAAUCUCAAACAGAGUGUUAGGAUUUCUCAGUCAACAAUUUGGUGCUGAUAUGAGGGAGGGGUUGAGGUGUUUAGACAGCAUUUAAGUCAACCUCGUCCCCAGUGCGCUUUUCCCUAGUCAUGCCCCACCUCCUUUCGGUCCCCUUUCGCGGGACCCCUGCUCCAACGUAAAUCCAAGCAGUUUUCUUCUCCACCUAUUGAAACAAAAUUCCUUUUUUUGCUCCCCUCUCGUUCUUUAACUUUUAUUAAUUUAAUAGUAAUUGGCUAGAAAAAUUGGAUUGGCUCUUUGGUGAAAAACAGCGUUAAUUUUCAAGGUAGGAGGCACUGCGAGCACUAUUGUAAUUAACAAUCUCCUAAAGAAACUCCUGGAAAAGAUCAUAAACUAAUCUCUUUAUCCUAUCAGCUUUUCUUCGAGGAAGUGCCUAAAUGUGUGAUACUUCGGAAGGUGAUCUCUGGUCAGCAUAUCUACCUCACUGAUCCAAAGAAACUUACCUGCAGCACGCCAUAG